AUGGUGCAGCAGACCAACACGGCGGAGAACACGGAGGCGCUGCUGGCCGCCGAGACCUCCGACUCCGGGGCCGGCAUCGAGCUGGGCAUCGCCUCCUCCCCCACGCCCGGCUCCACCGCCUCCACGGGGGGCAAGGCGGACGACCCGAGCUGGUGCAAGACGCCCAGCGGGCACAUCAAGCGGCCCAUGAACGCCUUCAUGGUGUGGUCGCAGAUCGAGCGGCGGAAGAUCAUGGAGCAGUCCCCCGACAUGCACAACGCCGAGAUCUCCAAGCGCCUGGGCAAGCGCUGGAAGCUGCUCAAGGACAGCGACAAGAUCCCCUUCAUCCGGGAGGCGGAGCGGCUGCGCCUCAAGCACAUGGCGGACUACCCCGACUACAAGUACCGGCCCAGGAAGAAGGUGAAGUCGGGCAACAGCUCCGCCAAGCCCGGCGACAAGGCGGACAAGGGCGGCGGGGGCGGCGCCGGCGGCGGCGGCGCGGGCGGCGGCCCCGGCGGCCCCGCGGCCCCCGCCAAGCCCGCCCCGAAGAAGGGCGGCGGCGGCGGCUCCAAGCCCUCCCCCGCGGGCGGCGGCGGCGCGGGCGGCAAGCCCCACGGCAAGGCGGCGGCGGGCGGCAAGGCCGCCCCCUUCCCCGGGGAGCCGCCGGCCGCGCUGCUGCCGCCCGAGCACCAGGCGCUGUACAAGCCGCGGGGGGCGGCGGGCGCGCCCUCGGGCCCCGGCAAGCCGCCGGCCGAGAGGAAGCUGAAGCGGGUCUACAUCUUCGGCGGCGGGCAGGCGGCGGCCGCCUCCGCCUCCCCCGGCGGCGCCGUGCCCGGCAGCCCCACGCUGAGCAGCUCGGCGGAGGCCGGCGACCCCCUGAGCCUCUACGAGGAGGGGGGCGGCGGGGCGGGCCGGCCCGACGGGGACUGCGGCGGCGGCGGCGCCGCCUGCCCCUCGCCCCCCGGCUCCGGCUCGGGCUCGCCCUCGGACCACCGCAGCUACACCAGCCUGCGCGCCUCCUCCCCGGCCCCCUCGACGGCGCAUUCCUCCUCCGCGUCCUCCCACUCCUCCUCCUCUUCCUCCUCCGGCUCCUCUUCGUCGGACGACGAGUUUGAGGACGACCUCUUGGACCUGAACCCCAGCCCCGGCUUUGAGAGCAUGUCCCUGGGCAGCUUCAGCUCCUCGGUGCUCGACCGGGACCUGGAUUUUAACUUCGAGCCCGGCUCGGGCUCGCACUUUGAGUUCCCGGACUACUGCACGCCGGAGGUAAGUGAGAUGAUCUCGGGGGACUGGCUGGAGUCCAGCAUUUCCAACCUGGUCUUCACCUACUGAGGCGAGAGCCGGGCCCUGCUGAGGGGGCUCCGACGCGCGUUGUCGGCAGGACUCGCCCGCCCCGCCGGGACGCUUCUCUUUCGGUUUUUUGUGGGGUUUUUUUUCUUUUUUUCC